AUGGAUGGUGAGCAGAUGCUGGAGGGACAGAUGCAGGUUGCAGAAGAAAACCCUCACUCUGAUUAUGGCCACGUAGGCAACAUGGAGAGGAUAGUAGAAAGUGAAAAGAUUAAUGCAGAAAAGUCAUCAAAACAGAAGGUGGAUCUACAAUCUUUGCCAACUCGUGCCUACCUGGAUCAGACAGUUGUGCCUAUCUUAUUACUGAGACUUGCUGUGCUUGCAAAGGAAAGACCACCAAAUCCCAUUGAAUUUAUGGCAUCUUAUCUUUUAAAAAACAAGGCACACUUUGAAGAUCAAAACUAA